ACCGGUUUGAGGAUUUUGGCACGGCAGGGCUUCCGUCCAUACACGGCGCUUUGCGGUGGAACAAAAGUACCGCGUACAUGUGCAUUUGUGCACGGUUUAAUACUUCCUGACGCACUUCUUCACCACACAGCCAACAAUGUCGUCGGACGCCCUGAAGAAGCGAAAGUCGAAGGUCCUCCGCACUGAAGGAGGAACCCCCGAGAUGAAGCGAGGUCGCGGAGACGGGGAGCAGCAGGACAUGCGUGUGUAUAGUGAGGAGGUGGAGCUGGACGGCAGGGACCCUGAGCAGGACUACCUGCAGUACAAGGAGUCAUGUGAGAGCUUGGCCACACUCAUGAGUGAGAUCCAGGACCUUAAGACCAAUGGAGCCAAGGAGGGGUGUGCUGAGGUGGAGCAGAGACGUAUGCAGUGCUGCAUCCACUUCAUGAAUGUGAAGAAACUCAAUCGUCUGGCUCAUAUGCGACUAAAGAGAAGCAGAGAUCAGACGCACGAGGCUAAGCAGAAAGUGGAUGUGCUGCAUCUUCAGUUACAGAACCUGCUUUAUGAAGUUAUGCAUCUUCAGAAGGAGAUCAGCAAGUGUCUGGAGUUCAAAUCUAAACAUGAGGAAAUAGACUUGGUGUCUGAAGAAGAGUUUCACCAGGAGGCUCCAUCAGAGAUUUCCAGGCCUCACCUCACAAGAAAUGAUCCCCAUCAACUCACACUGGCACGACUCGACUGGGAGCUUGAACAGAGGAAGAGGUAUGCAAUCCAGAAGAGCAUCGAGGUGAAGAAGGAACAUCUGACCAGCUUGCAGCCGGGACUCAAUGCCAUCAUGCAGGCAUCUCUCCCAGUGCAGCAGUACCUGUCCAUGCCUUUUGAACAGACUCAGAAACAGACAGAGAUUGCCCGCCAUCUGCCUCCACCUCUCUACGUCCUGUUUGUUCAAGCCAAUGCUUAUGGUCAGGCCUGUGACAAGAACCUGGAUGUGUCGAUCAGUGGUGAUGUGGAUGAGGCCAAGGCCCUGUCCAAACCUCCAGAAGAUUCCCAGGAUGAUGAGAGUGAUUCAGACGCAGAGGAGGAGCAAGAGAAAACGAAGAGGAGAAGGCCAACCACAGGUGGCCAACUGGAUGACAAAAGACGAGAGAUGCUGAAAAGGCACCCCCUGUCCCUCUGCUUGGACCUCAAGUGUAAAGAUGGCAGCAUGCUCCAUCUCUACUUCUACUACCUGAUGAAUCUGAACAUUAUGACAGUCAAGACUAAGGUCUCCACCUCCACAGACCUCAACACAGCCAUCAGUGCAGGGGAUCUGCUAAAAUCAGACACUCUACUCAGCUGUCUCUACACCAGCGACCAGGGGCGAGAAACACCCAACCCAGCUAAUCGCUACCAGUUUGACAAAGUCGGGAUUGUUUGCUUUGCUGAUUAUGUGGAGGAGCUGGGCCACCCUUACGUGUGGGUUCAGAGUCUGGGAGGGCUACAUUUCCCUGGUGAUGCUUCAGAGGGUGUGCGUGUGGGCAGUUCUUUGAGUGCCAGCCAAAUGGAGAGCACCAUUAAGCUGCUGAGGGGUCGAGUCCAGUCCCGCUUGGCUUUGCAGAAGCAGUUUGCCUCUUUAGAGCACAGCAUCAUCCCGGUCUCCAGUGAGUGUCAGCACCUCUUUCCUGCCAAGAUCAUGUCCCAUUUAGCCCGUUGGACCACUAUCACCCACGAGGAGUACAUGGAUCUGCCUUAUACACGUCAUGUGACUGAUGCUGGUCUGGCAAAGGAGACCGAUCUUUACUUUAUGUGUGUGGUGGAGAGGGGCACAGCUCGUCUCAACGCCGCCGUGGUGCUGAGCCCCCGUUACCCAGAAGUCUCUCCCCUUUUCUCCCUCCUUCUCAGCUGGAAGGGAGAGCGCAGUGGACGCACUGAUGACAACCUCAGAGCCAUGGAGAGUGAGGUCAAUGUGUUCAAAAAUGAACUACAGGGACCACGUCCAGGACACCAGCUCCUCACCAAUCAGAUUUCACGCCUGUGUGUCUGCCUGGACGUGUAUUUGGAGACUGAAGGACAAGACGACGGCGUGGAGGGACCACGGGAGUUCCCCCGAGAAAAGAUGUGCUUGCGCACAGUCAGGGGCCCAAAUCGCCUGAAGCCAUUCAAGUACAACCACCCUCAGGGCUUCUUCAGUCACCGCUAAAUCUGUCCAUACGAUUCUCCCUACUGUACCAUACAUCUCUUAACUCCCUCAAGCUUACCAUUGUGACUAUUUGACACACAAAGUAGCCGUUUUUAAAAGUCUUUAUAACAGUUUGAAAAUAAAAACAAUUUUCUUGAA